AAAGAAUUCUAUAAGGUAACAGAAACCAAAGAGAGAGAGAGAGAGAGAGAGAGAGAGAGUCCCUCUGGCUCUACUCUUUAACAUUGUCACGAUCUGCGUAUUGAGAUUUCCUAAAUUCCCAGCCAAAUCACAGACUCUCUAACCCUAGAUCCCAGGUUUCUAUAUCCAUUCGCACACGUAAAUAUAUUCGCGCGCACACAAUUGUGUGUGAAUCUUAGGUUUUGGCCAUGGCCUGCAUAAAAGGGGUGAACAGAUCGGCGUCCGUGGCGUUUGCUCCGGACGCGCCGUACCUGGCGGCGGGGACAAUGGCUGGGGCGGUGGAUCUGUCAUUUAGUUCGUCGGCCAAUCUGGAGAUCUUCAAGCUCGACUUCCAGUCGGACGAUCGUGAGCUGCCAGUGGUCGGCGAGUCACCGAGUUCCGAGCGAUUCAAUCGCUUGUCGUGGGGGAAGAACCCGUCUCCCUCCGAGGAGUUGUCUCUCGGUCUCAUCGCGGGUGGCCUGGUAGAUGGCAAUAUUGGGAUUUGGAAUCCUCUUGCUUUGAUCCGCGCUGAGGCAAAUGAAAAUGCUCUUGUUUCACAACUAUCGAGGCAUAGAGGACCUGUUCGUGGCCUAGAAUUCAAUGCUCUUUCACCCAACCAUCUUGCUUCCGGAGCUGAUGAAGGCGAAAUCUGCAUAUGGGAUAUGGCAAAACCUACAGAACCUACCCAUUUUCCUCCUCUCAAGGGUAGUGGAUCUGCUACUCAGGGUGAAAUUUCAUUCUUAUCUUGGAACAGCAAGGUUCAACAUAUAUUAGCAUCCACUUCAUAUAAUGGGACAACUGUGGUUUGGGACCUGAAGAAGCAAAAGCCAGUGAUUAGCUUUUCAGAUUCAAAUAGAAGGCGGUGCUCAGUUUUACAAUGGCAUCCUGAUGUGGCAACUCAACUUAUUGUUGCUUCAGAUGAUGACAAUUCACCUUCUUUGAGGCUUUGGGAUAUGCGCAACAUAAUGUCACCAGUGCGGGAGUUUGUGGGGCACACUAAAGGUGUCAUUGCAAUGUCAUGGUGUCCCAGUGACAGCUCUUAUUUGCUUACAUGUGCCAAAGACAAUCGAACUAUUUGCUGGGACAUUGUAUCUGGAGAGAUCGUCUCUGAAUUGCCAGCUGGAACCAACUGGAAUUUUGAUGUGCACUGGUAUCCAAAGAUACCAGGGGUUCUAUCAGCAUCUUCCUUUGAUGGAAAAAUUGGGAUUUAUAAUAUUGAGGGUUGUAGCCGGUAUGGCAUUUCAGAGGGUGAUUUUGGCGCAGCACCUUUGAGAGCCCCAAAGUGGUAUAAACGUAAAGCAGGGGUGUCUUUUGGUUUUGGAGGCAAGCUUGUUUCUUUUUCCACAAAGGACUCUGCACCUGGAGUUUCAGAGGUUUAUGUGCAUAACUUAGUUACAGAGCAAAGUUUGGCAAGCCGCUCUUCUGAAUUUGAAGCUGCAAUGCACAAUGGAGAGAGAUCUUCAUUGAGGCUUUUAUGUGAAAAAAAAUCACAGGAGGCCGAAACUGAGGAUGACAGAGAGACCUGGGGAUUCUUGAAGGUUAUGUUUGAAGAUGAUGGGACAGCAAGGACGAAACUACUUACACAUCUUGGUUUCAGUCUACCUACUGAAGCGAAAGAGACCAUUCAGGAUAAUCUGUCUCAGGAAGUAAGCGCUAUUGGUCUUGAAGAGAAGGCAGCAGAUAAAGGAGAAUAUGCUGUGAAUAAAGAAAUUGCUGCCUUCUUGAGUGAUAAUGGGGAAGAUUUCUUUAACAAUCUUCCAAGUCCUAAAGCUGAAACACCUGUGUCAGAUGCUGGGGCUAGCUUUAACAAUGCAGGCUUUUCUCCCAAUGUCAAAGAUGUGCAGCAGGAAGUUGAUGGAGAAGAGGAGAGUGCUGACCCAUCAUUAGAUGAUGCUGUUCAACGUGCAUUGGUUGUUGGGGAUUAUAAAGGGGCAGUUGCACAGUGUAUAUCUGCAAAUAAAAUGGCUGAUGCUUUAGUUAUUGCUCAUGUCGGUGGCUCUUCCUUGUGGGAGAGCACACGCGAUCAAUACCUAAAGACGAGUCGUUCUCCGUACUUAAAGGUUGUUUCUGCAAUGGUUAACAAUGAUCUUCUGAGCCUUGUUAACACCAGGCCGCUGAAAUUGUGGAAAGAGACCCUUGCUUUACUUUGUACUUUUGCACCAAGAGAGGAGUGGACUCUUCUUUGUGACACCCUUGCUUCUAGGCUUAUGGCUGUUGGUAAUACACUAGCUGCGAUUCUUUGUUAUAUCUGUGCUGGAAAUAUCGACAAGACUGUGGAAAUUUGGUCCCGGACUUUAGCAUUAGAGCAUGAGGGAAAAUCCUAUGUUGACCUUCUUCAGGAUUUAAUGGAAAAGACUAUAGUCCUUGCUUUGGCAACUGGGCAGAAGCAAUUUAGUGCUGCUUUGUGCAAGCUCGUUGAGAAAUAUGCUGAGAUACUAGCAAGUCAGGGGCUUUUAUCUACAGCAAUGGAAUACUUAAAAUUGAUGGGAACUGAUGAAUUAUCUCCUGAGCUUAUCCUUUUACAAGACAGGAUUGCGCGGUCAACAGAAGUUGAAAAAGAGGUAACCAACUCUGUGGCUUUUGAUAACUCUCAGUCACAUACAGGACCAACAUAUGGUGCCAAUCAAUCCAGAUUUGGUGCAGCUGAUGCCUCUCAGCAUUAUUAUCAGGAAAUGACAGCACCACAACUGCAGCAGAGUGUUCCAAGUAGUCCUUAUGGGGAAAAUUACCAACAGCAACUUGGCUCUUCUUAUGGGAGAGGUUAUGGUGCUCCUGCCCCGUAUCAGCCAGCUGUGCAGCCUCUAAUAUUUCUUCCAUCCCAGGCACCUCAAGCCCCUCAGAUGAACUUUUCUGCACCACCUGUUUCCAACCAGCCUACAGUGAAACCCUUUGUUCCUGCAACCCCUCCUGUGUUGAGAAAUGUGGAGCAAUAUCAGCCGCCAACAUUGGGUUCACAGUUAUAUCCUGGAACUGCCAACCCUAGUUUCCAGGCUGGGCCUCCUGGAACUGGUUCAAUUGGCCAUAAUCCAUCUCAAGCAGGUUCAGUUCCACCUAAGAUGCCUCAGGUUUUGGCUCCAACCCCAGCGUCUAUGGGAUUUAUGCCUAUUAAUAGUUCUGGAGUUCAAAGGCCUGGGAUGGGGCCUCCACAGCCACCCAGCCCUACUCAGCCAGCACAAGUGCAACCAACCAUAACUCCUGCAGCUCCACCACCUACAGUACAGACAGCUGAUACUUCAAAUGUACCUGCUCCGCAAAGGCCUGUUAUUGCCACUUUGACUAGACUUUUUAAUGAGACAUCAGAAGCGCUGGGAGGUUCACGUGCAAAUCCAGCUAAGAAACGGGAAAUAGAGGACAAUUCAAGGAAAAUAGGUGCCCUGUUUGCAAAGCUUAACAGCGGUGACAUAUCUAAAAAUGCUGCUGAAAAGCUCAUUCAACUAUGCCAGGCUUUGGACAACGGUGACUUCAGUACUGCCCUUCAGAUCCAGGUACAACUGACCACUAGUGACUGGGAUGAAUGCAAUUUUUGGCUUGCCACUCUUAAACGGAUGAUCAAGACUCGGCAGAAUGUUAGAUGAAUUUAAAGGAUAAAUUCCAACGAGCAUCAUGGUCGUAACCCCAUUUUGCAGUCCAUUUUGUUUGGGAGGGUCUCAUAAGGGCCAGUGAGCCCUUUCUAUGUAUACAAAGAACAAGUCUCAGCUUCAUAGGUGACGGGUGGUAGUGUUUUGGUUCUUUUAGUGUUCUCAGCCGCUGUCUCCUCCCAAUUUCUAAUUUGAUGCAGAAGAUAGAGGAGGAGUUUUCUCAGGGUAAAAAUGGGCUUGACUGUUUGUUUUUCACUUUAUUAUACUUUUUUGUUUCUCCUUAGCAUGGACUAUGGACAUUUAGAGUUUGGGUUUUGAUUUAUAUGUAUGAUUUAGUCCAUAAAUUUUUUUUCUACAGUUGAUCCUGUGAUUUGUUUUGGGUCAAUAGUUUCUGACAUUUUCCCCCCACUAGGGUUUUAUGUGAAAGAGCCAUUGUUUUGUACU